AUGUCUCGUCCAAACAGUUCUCACGAGUGGGAUCGCUUUAAGAAUAUCAUAUAUGAUUUGUACAUCGUCAAAAAGUACAGCCUCGAAGGUCCCAAAGGUGUUAUGAAAGUGAUGGAAGAUCGAUACAAUUUCAAGGCCACUAAAGCGCAAUACGAGAAGAAAUUAAGGGACUGGGGGUUCCGUAGGAAUAGAUCCAGUGAAGCUUGGAAAAUGGCCGGCCAAAAGAUUGAUUUACGGACAAAAAUCGGGAAAAGAAGCAGCGUCUAUUUGAACGGCCAAUUAGUGCCAGCGAGGAGAGUAAAUCGCGAAGUUUCCCGCCAUCGAAUCCUGCCGAGCCUGCAACGGUUCGACAGAACUCAAAACACGACUGCUGCAUUACCCACGACACCACCUGGUUUUAACAUACGCACUCCUACUUCGCCAGAAGUUUUCAGAUUACUAUUUCACAGGCUACCUAUACUUAGCUUUCAGGACACGAUAUCCAAUUUAGCAGAAUCGAUGAUGAAUUCCGAUGCUAGAUCACCAUCUUUAUUACCAUUAUUGAACAGUUCAAAUAGGACAGGCCUUACCAAAACUGGAUUGCCGUUCAUCGAGUCCAUACUGCCAAAUUCAGCGUUUUUUGAGGAGGAAUGUGCGCGAGCAGUCGCCAUUCGAAGUCUCGAAGAUACAAGCUCUAUGGCGGUUCUAAAUCUCGCAAUUUUCCUGUUUUCAAACAACUUUCCCCACGAAACUGAUGGAACACGGGCUUUUCAAUGGCUCCAAGCCCAUAGCGAUGUUUCGUUCCUCGACGCCAUUCGUGUUGAGAAAGGGCCAACUGGCGAUGCGCUCCUUGAAAAUAUCUUCCGAUUGGCAGUUGAGGCAGAAGAUCUCCGAACUGUGAAGCUUUUGUUGAAAGGAGGAUUAAAUCCAAACGGGCACAAUUGCCAGCACUAUCGAAUACCCGAUCGUAUGAAUCCUUUGCAGUUUGCAUGUCUCAGUGGAAACUGGGAGCUAGCAACUACACUCGUCAAUGCGGGAUCCAGCAUAGAUCAACCGGGGACUAGAUGGAAAAGCAGUAUUCUAGUUCUUACGAUCCAUGGGCGAUACCUUGACCAGGAAACUGAUUCUGAACAAGAUUCCGAUGAACGUGUCUGGGAAGAAGGCGAGGAAGGCGAGGAGCGCAAGGAAGUCGAAAAAUGUUCGAUUGCAGCACAAGAAUUCCCUGAAAGGAAAGACGAGGACUUUCUUGCUCUUGUGCAAUUCCUCUUGGACAAAGGAGCUGCAGUCAACCCACUUACCGACGACUCUUGCAACUCCCCUGCGGUUGGAAGCAGCGAACCACCUGUUUAUGAUGAUGAUAUUGACCACAUCUUAUACUAUAGACACUCUCCAUUGACAGCAGCAUCCCGAUAUGGAAACGUGUACCUUAUCGAAAUUUUUCUUGAAAACCACGCCAAUGUUCGAUUCCUAACAGGCCAAAAAACCUCGGCCCUUCGUGAGUGUAUUUACAGCUGGGCUGAUUUGGAUAAAAUCACCAAGAAGUCCACAUUUGAGAGCGGUUAUCACGAUUGGCAUUGCUGGAUCGAAUUUCUCAAAAUAGUUCUUUCAUCUGUGCCAGUUGAGAGACUGGAGAGUAUCAUGAAUAUGUUCAGCAGACUCAUAAAAGCCGGGAUUGAUAUAGAUGAUUACCUGCCUUUUCAUCAGCCUGAAGAACAGUGCCCAGCCUGGCACUUCGAAAAGAAAGAGAGAUUCUAUUUCACCACCGUGGACCUUGUUGUGGGUCUGCGAAACGUCGAGCUCAUUGAAAUGAUGCUAGCGGCGGGAGCUUCAAAGGCCACAAAUUAUUCCUUGCAGCUGGCAACUAAUCUGGGAAGCCUCGAGAUUUUCAACAAACUGCUAAGCUUAGUUUCUUGGGUGUCGUUAACAACAGCCUGGGAAGUUAUGGGGUACGAUUUAACUUUGAGAUACAUCGAAGCUAUACUGCACAAACGAUCAGAUGUUGAGAUGCAAAAGGCAAUUUUAUUCGCAGCGAUCAGUACCGGCGACAACACUGCCAUUAAAUACAUCUUCAGUUACAGCAGCUCCAACGGUAGCACCCUUUUUUCUAAACUUGCUGGAAUGGAAGAAGUACUAGAGUCAUGUUGCGACGCACAAAAUAUUGAAACUCUAUGUCUCCUAAGCGGCCUGUGUCUGGAUUACAAUGUCUCGAUUUCUUCAUGCUUGGGCAGAGCUCUACAAUCGGCUAUCAGGAAAGACGACGUUGAGAUGCUGGAUAUUCUUUUGUUCCAAGGCGCAGACAUCAACACAGUCUCCGAGGGCUAUACUGCACUUGAAUUCUCAAUUGCUCGGAAAAAUCAGAGGAUGACAGACAGAAUACUGGAAUUGGGCCCAAUUCUAAAUAUAAUUAGACGCGAGCCAUGCUAUUAUAAAGAUUGCCUCGGCCACCACAAUCUUUAUGGACACCCCUUAGUUUUGGCGAUUCUCUGGGGCAAUAAGGAAGUAAUCCAAACCCUCCUAGAUAUGGGAGCAAGUACUGCUGCUUUUGGAAACGACUUUUCUUGGGACCAUAAUUACCGUUGGAUGACCCCACUUACUGCUGCUAUUAAAACCAAAGACUGUGGCCUAAUUCAAACGCUUCUUUCAUUGGGGGCAGCUAUCAAUCACCCUCCUAACACACAAAUUAUUUGUAUUACACCUCUUACUGCCGCUGUCCAAAAUAAUGAUACGAGACUGGUUCGGUUUCUACUACAAAAAGGGGCGCAUCCGCACGAUUCUCUAGCACUGAAAGACGCCGCUCACGAUACCGGGCUGUUCAAGAUUAUUUUUGAAGAAGUUUUCAACGAUAUCAUAAGACUUUCUACAGGAACGUGCUGGGAUUUUGGUGAUAAAGCGCUUGCUAGAGCAGUAGAGUUAGGUAAAGUGGAGAUAGCCUGUCUUAUUCUUGAGGGACUUCCACAGACCAUUGUGUCAAUUCGAGGUGUCUCGGAAGCUCUGAUGAUUGCCAUCAAAUACAAUGCAACCGGUGGAAUUCUAAACUUGCUCCUCGCUCACGGGGCAGAUCCCAAUUCUAUUUGGUACAUUGCAGACGACUUCUUGAAAAUAUAUUGGAAUAGCGGCUAUCACAUAUCUGCUCUCAGUAUGGCUAUCUUGAUCGACAACCCCGAAAACAUCAAAACCUUGCUAGAAGCGGGGGCAGAUGUUAACAUGAGUCCAACGGGUGAUACGUUCGGCUCACCCAUGCAAACUGCAGCAAAUUUCCGGAAGAAAAGCAUUGUGCACCUGCUUCUAGAACAAAGCGCCGACCCGAAUGCUGUUGGCUUAUCAAACAGAUUUGAAUGUCAACAAUCUCAGGAAGAGGAAGCAGGGCGGCAUAACGGAACACCACUUCAAAUCGCUGUCACUAAUCAAGACACUGACAUUGUCACUCUCCUCCUACAACAUUCCUGUAAUGUAGAGGCGACAUAUGACGACAUGCCUCAUACGCCCAUACAGAUAGCGAGCAGAAAUGGAAACAAAGGGAUCAUCGAACUACUUUAUCACCAUGGAGCCAAUGUGAAUGCACCGCCAGCAAAAGAGGCUGGAGCUACCGCACUACAAUUUGCUGCUCUUGAAGGUCUGCUCGGAAUCGCAACUCUCUUACUAGACUACAAUGCAGAUGUCAACGCACCAGCCGCUGAGAUUGGCGGCAGGACAGCAUUAGAAGGAGCAGCAGAACAUGGCCGAAUUGACAUGGUACAGUUGCUACUCAAUGCUGGCGCGAGCAUUGUAAAAGAAGGGGAAGCACAAUAUCAGGAUGCUAUGAGAAGAGCAACCGAGAAUGGACAUCAUGCUGUUCGUCGGCUGCUUGAGGCAGCGAGGCCUGUUAAUGACGAUGAGCAAGUCCCGGAUAUCAUAAGUCAAGAGCAGCCAAGCGAUAAUACCACAAACCAGCAUCAGCCAGACGUUGAUGGUGCGAAUCAAGUUCAGCCAAGUGGUAAUAUCACAAACGAGCAUCAGCGAGACCUUGAUAUCAUGAAAGAAAAUCAGCCAGACAUUAGCAUCAUUAACGAAGCUCCAUCAAUCAUGUCUCCUGGCCAGGAAAUGACGGCCUGCGACUUGACAGACCUAUCACAACUAGGUUUCAUAGACGAUGGGUCUUGGGAAUGGGACAGGAUACGUGAGCUGUGA